GAAUAAGAAGAAGAAAUAAGAUGCAAUUUAUUAGUUUGUUUACAAAAGUAGUAUUUCUUCGAAUCAUAUUUGUUUAUUAUUUCAAAAUAAUACAAUGGUCACACAAUUAGACGAUGUUCGUUUAAUUAAACUAGUGCAAUCGCAUCCUAUUUUGUAUGAUAGAAAUCUCGCAAGAGGGCCCAAAACUUCUUCUUUGAAAGAUGAUAUUUGGAAAAAGUUUUCCUUGCAAUUAAACUGCUCAGAACGAGCUUGUAUAACAAGAUGGAAAAGUAUUCGCGAUCGCUUUGGAAAAGAAUUGCGUAGGGCACAAGAAAAUCCUGAGGAAGUCGUCAACUGGGACAUGUUUGAACAUCUACUCUUUUUGCGGGAGCAUUACAAACAUGGGCAAGCAAAUAACGAAUCACUAGUUAAUAUAAAAUAUGAACCCAAAAAAAGAAAGCGGGGGCGAAAGCCCCGGAGAGAUUGCGAAGCGGAAACAUUUAAGGCGGAGCGAGAUGACGACGAUGUGGAUCCUGAAGAGUUAAUUGAAAAUCAACAAUUGAUCGAAUUAGUAAAAGAACAUCCCGUACUGUAUGAUAAGUAUAAAAUCAGGGAUUCGAAAAAUUUGACACUGAAAAAUGAUGCAUGGCAUGAAAUUUCAGACAGUAUGGGCAUAUCGGAAGAGACAUGUUAUAAACGGUGGAAAAUAUUACGGGACCGGUUUGCACGCGAAUAUCGUCACCAGAAAAUUUAUCCCGAGCGAUCCGUGACGUGGGUAUAUUUUCAGGAUUUGUCGUUUCUCAAAGAUCAUUAUAGAAAAGGAAUUCCGCUCCCAGUAGAUGACAUUAGACAAAGGAAGAAAGCGAAAUCAGCAACAACAACAGCAAUAUCCACAGAGGAGACUUGGGUCGAAGAUUGUCCGUUUCUAUAUGUUAAAGACGGACAUCAUUCACCAGACGAAAAUAUAGAUGAUAUUGACACUGCAUUUAGUGAAGUUAAUUCAAACUCAUUAGAUGAACUAAUAAUAAUGCCCAAAAGUGACGAGUCAUAUAACGAUAUUGUCGUUGAUGAAUCAAUAACACCGCCAGGAAAUACCUCACAGUCUAGUUUUGAAGGAACAAGUUUAGAAGAACCCGAACAAAAACUUUCGGUUGUAAUUUCAGGAAUGCAACAAGUUUUAGAACAAUCACAGGAGUGUUUAAAAUCAUUACAAAAACAAAAAGAACAACAAAAACAACAAAUACAAUCCGACGUGAGUUUGUCGAUAAAUGCCGAAGUAAGUAUGAUCCAAAAAGUACAUAUAUUACUGGAUGGUUUGAAUUUGCCAAAUCGAACGCUAGCUGAACGUCGAAUAGUUCAAUUUCUAUGUGAAUGUCAAAUUAAGACAUUAAACAAUGUGGAUAUAGACGAUGUGGAUGGUACAGAAGAUUAUUAAUUACAUAAAAAUUAAAUAACUUUUAAUUUAAAUGUUUAC